AUGUAUCGAUCAGUUGCCUUUACACCGACAUCGAUACCACUUUGACUUCCGCCAUGUUCGCCAAUAUACUGGACUUUCUCAACCGAUCCCCAACAGAUCCUGUACGCCUGCCAUUGACCAGCAGCCACUGGCCUGUUUUGACAGUACUGACCAUUUACAUGGUCUUUAUAAAAGUUGUGGGUCCGAUGUUUAUGCGGAACCGAAAGGCCUACGAUUUGCAUAAAGUAAUUCAGGCAUAUAACAUCGUACAAAUCGUGUAUAAUACAGUCUUGCUAGUGGUUGGUGUCUACUUCAUGCUUGGACCUGGAAACUAUAACUUUAAGUGCAUCUCCAAUCUGCCAUUAGAUCAUGAGUACAAGAACCUGGAGAGAUGGCUCAGCUACUUGUAUUUCUUUAACAAAUUCAUGGAUCUUAUGGAGACGAUUUUCUUUGUUCUGCGUAAGAAGGAUCGGCAGAUAUCCUUCCUGCAUGUCUUCCACCAUGUCAACAUGGUCUACAUAGGCUUCAUGUAUCUGUACUAUUAUGGUUAUGGUGGCCAUGGAUUCUUCGUGAUCUCCUUCAACAUGAUCGUGCACAUUAUGAUGUAUACGUAUUACUAUCAAUCAUCUCUCAAUCGGGACUUGCAGGGCGAUCUCUGGUGGAAGAAGUACAUCACCAUUGUUCAGCUUAUUCAGUUUGGAAUCAUUUUGUCUCACAGUGUCUAUACACUUAAGCAACCUGACUGUAUCACAUCCCGUUUCUCAGCCACUUGGGCUUCAAUCGUUUCGGUUAUUUUUAUAAUUUUAUUCAGCAACUUCUAUGUUAAUACCUAUAUCCUGCCCCAGAAGAAGGCUAAGAAAACUUUAAGGUAAACCAAAGAAAGUUGGUUAAGAUCCUUCAUAGCUAAGGAUUAUGAUGUGAUAUAUAUGUAACAUAUUUUCACCUUGUUUAAGUAAAGCUAAUAAAAAUUUCAUACCGAAAAA